UGUUACAACAGGAGACUCCACAGUUUUGUAUCAGUGAGGGUUGGAAUGUUAACAAAGUAACACCGUCAGUCAGCCGUGAGGAACAAACUAUGAUUCAUUCACCGGUGUCGAAACCGCACAACGUCGGGAUCUGUCUCCAGCGCUCGUAACACUGACAGCUCUGUCCGACUGGCCUGUUGAGGGGACACUAUUUUUGGAUCAAUGCAGACCCCCCCUCACAUCCUCACUGUCAGUGCCUGUGCGUGGGCAAGAAGUAUUUGCCGCUUUCGAGAUAUUGGAACCAGUGGAAACCUGGAUGUGCCGGAAAAGAUGUCUGUCAGCGUCCAUGAAAACCGCAAGUCGAGAACGAGCACAGGUUCCAUGAACAUCUCGCUCUUCCACAAGCCCUCCCAUCCAGACAGUGUCCUCACCCACCUCAACACCCUUCGCAAACAGUGCAUGUUUACUGAUGUAACGCUAUGGGCUGGCGACCGCUCUUUUCCCUGCCACCGAGCUGUUCUCGCAGCAUGCAGCCGCUAUUUUGAAGCCAUGUUUAGCGGCGGCCUCCGUGAGAGCCUGGACAACGAGGUUAACUUCCGUGACAGCGUUCACCCGGAGGUUCUGGAGAUGCUGUUGGACUUUGCAUACUCCUCACGCAUCAUCAUCAACGAGGAGAACGCGGAAUCACUUCUCGAGGCCGGAGACAUGCUGCAAUUUCAUGACAUCCGAGAUGCAGCAGCAGAGUUUUUGGAGAAGAACUUGCAUGCGUCAAACUGCCUGGGGAUGAUGCUGCUUUCCGAUGCCCAUCAGUGCAAGCGCCUCUAUGAGCUGUCAUGGAGGAUGUGCCUCAUCCACUUUGAGACUCUUCGAGACACGGAAGACUUCUGUAGCCUCUCGAAAGACAAGCUUAUGGAUCUCAUCCUCAGCGACGAGCUGGAGAUUGAAGAUGAACAUAUCGUUUUCAACGCGGUUAUGUGCUGGGUUCGAUACGACUUGGAUAGCCGCAGAGACUAUCUUCCUCAUCUGCUAGGAGGAAUACGCCUUGCAUUGUUGCCUUCGGAAUGCCUCAUUGAGGCUGUUGCAUGUGAAGAACUUGUGAUGUCGGAUAAAAGAAGCAGACUGAUCGUUGAUGAGGCAAUGCAGUGCAAAAAGAAGAUUCUUCAGAAUGACUGUGUGGUCACCAGCCCCUGCGCCAGGCCUCGCAAAGCCGGGCACACCCUGCUCAUUCUUGGGGGGCAGACCUUCAUGUGUGAUAAAAUCUACCAAGUGGACCACAAAGCAAAAGAGAUCAUCCCAAAAUCAGAUCUUCCCAGUCCUAGGAAGGAAUUCAGCGCAUGUGCCAUUGGCUGCAAAGUUUAUGUGACCGGAGGAAGGGGAUCGGAAAAUGGAGUAUCGAAGGACGUUUGGAUAUACGACACUGUUCACGAAGAAUGGUCGAAAGGUGCCCCAAUGUUAAUAGCGCGUUUUGGUCACGGCUCGGCUGAACUUGAAAACAGUCUCUAUGUUGUUGGGGGUCACACCGCUAUAGCAGGUGUCUUCCCGGCCUCCCCUUCAGUGUCUCUCAAACAGGUGGAGCGAUACGACCCACUAACCAACAAAUGGACAAUGAUGGCACCACUUCGGGAUGGUGUCAGCAAUGCAGCAGUUGUCAGUGCAAAGCUAAAACUUUUCGUGUUUGGUGGAACAACCAUCCACAGGGACAAGGCCUCCAAGGUCCAGUGUUAUGACCCCAUUGGGAAUCGCUGGACCAUAGCUGCUGAGUGCCCGCAACCUUGGAGAUACACGGCUGCUGCGGUCCUCGGCAGUCAGAUAUUCAUAAUGGGUGGAGACACGGAGUUUACCGCAGCAUCCGCAUACCGAUUCGACUGCGAGACCAAUCUAUGGACACGUGUGGGUGACAUGACCUCCAAAAGAAUGAGCUGCCAUGCUGUAGCCUCUGGCAAUAAACUGUAUGUUGUAGGGGGUUACUUUGGGACGCAGCGGUGUAAAACUCUGGAUUGUUAUGACCCGACGUCUGAUAGCUGGAACAGUAUUACAACCGUGCCUUAUUCACUGAUACCAACAGCGUUUGUCAGCACCUGGAAACAUCUACCUGCCUAGGUGACUCCAGUUGAAGCGUAUGGAGAUGAUCUGGGUGCCAUGGUCCUCUGACCACACUGAAUGGAGCACAGUAGGACUGGAUUGUCAUUGGCUGGCCCGAAGCACCUCUGCUGGGCGUGGCGUGGCGGGCUGUUGCUCACGGCCACUCUGCAGAGAGCCUGAAAACAAACCGACUAUCCAUUGCUGGAAGAGGAAAAAACAAUCUGAGAAUCUUUGUGUUCUUCUCCCUACAGCACAAAGCUAGCCAAUGCUUGUUCAUUGCCAAAUCAGAGGCAUGAUGACUCGAUAACCUCUUGCACCAAUUUCUGCUCUGUUUCACGGGUCUUUCGUGUUUUUGCUAGUGUGACAACUCUUUUGCAACCCAACCCGAGGCCAAGAACAUUCCUGCAGUUUUCCGUUCGGGAGCAACGUUAAUGUUGCCGAGACAUAAAGCAUGAUUUCUUUCACUAAAACUGCCAGCGCAGCAUGUCUAUGGUCGCGUUCCAUUGCUUCCAGUACACUUUCGGAUGCUACAAUGCAUUUACGGGAUGGACAAACCUACGGUUGAAUAUCUACAGAUACGCAGCAACAGAACGUCACCAUGGGAAAGUGCAAGCUUGCUCGAGCAGGAUUUGACCUGUAUUUGUUUUUUUAAGAAUCUGUGAUUUUUAACCUGAACUCGUGUAGAUUCCACAGCACAACAUUCAUUUUAAGAUUACGGAACAUUUCUCAGAUUACUGAAGGUGUACACAUUUGAUAAAAUGCAUUUUAUUUAUGUGUUUGUGUCAGAAUACUGAAUGCAAAAACUGCACAUGAUACUACAUGUAUAAUUUUGGAUGAUGAGGGUAUUGGUGUUUUCCUCCCCUGGAUAACAGUAACUCUGAAAUGAAGGGUUGAUAUUCUCGCUCGGUCUUACGGACGCUUGAAAAGUAACAACGAUUUAAGUUAUGUUUUGGAGGGAGUUUAAUCUUUAAUGUAAAUGCCUCCCUGCUCAACAUUUCCAUUUGAAGAGGACAUUUAGGGAUUAUGCUGAAAAUCCCACUGGCGUCUUUGUGAACUGAAUUUCUAGUAGACGUGUUUGUUACGCACUCACUCGAUUGAAGGGUUUGAAUAAAUGAUUUUUUGAUGCUUGCA